AUGGACAAGAAGGUGGAAGUGAUAGGUGGUCAGGACACUUAUCGCGCCCUGUGUCGUGCCUGUUACAUUGAAGAGUCAUCUCGUCGUGAAACAGAUCUGGAAAUGAAUGACAAUGAAAAUUGCGUUCGCUGCGAUCGCCAUUUCGCCAAAGAAGAGUUGGCACCUGGAGACAUGCCGCUUAGGGUGUCCCGCGCGCAGUGA